GAGAUACGACGAAGAAAACAAAAACAAAGCAAAGGCCUAUCUUUGGAGCCAAAAAAUCAUCCACAAAUCCAUUGGCAACCCAAUCCCCUCCUCCCCAUGGCCACCACCAUCCCAAACUCAGCCGCAUUCCUCCGCCGCGUCGCCGCCCGCCCACCGAUCCACUCCGCCCACGACACGCCGCCACUCCCACGGCGCAAAAUCAUCACCACAUUCGCCACAUCAUUGGCUCUGGCCCUGCAACUCCAGCCCCUCGCCGCCAUCGCCCAGAGCUGGGGCACGCGCUCCUUUCUCUGGGAGAAGUACUUCGAGCCCGGGCUGUCGCCUGAGGACGCGGUGGCCCGGAUCCGCCAGACGGCGGAGGGCCUCCACGACCUCCGCGGCAUGCUCGAGAGCAUGUCGUGGAGGUACGUCAUUUUCUACAUUCGAGUUAAGCAAUCGUAUCUCUCUAAAGACAUGCCCACGGCCAUGGAAAUGGUGCCCGAAAUCCAGAGGAAGUCUUAUGUCGAGAAGGCUAAUGAGUUGGUGGAUAACAUGGCUGAGUUUGAUUACUACGUUCGGACGCCCAAGGUUUAUGAGUCGUAUGUAUACUACGAGAAGACAUUGAAAUCAAUAGAUGACCUUGUCGCAUUUUUAGCAUAAUUACUAGUAAUUUUCUUAAUUUGUGUAUAUUGAAUACGAGAAUUGGAAAAAAAAAUUGUGUUUUGAUUUUUUUAGUUGUAACUUUAAUUAAGUUGUAUUGUGCGAAUUGCGACGAUUAAUAAGCAGAUUAUGGCUAGUCAUAUACUACUUCGGUCGA